AUGCCCCUGUACAAACCACCCAAUCCCUCUGCACCUGUGCUUUCGCAGUUCUCCCUGAAAGGCAAGGUUGCUGCAGUCACUGGCGGCGCCAGAGGCAUCGGCCUGGAGAUCGUCAAAGGUCUAGCUGAGGCCGGCGCCGAUGUUGCUCUUAUCUAUGCAACCAACAAACAGGCCGAAGAGACGGCGAGCCAAAUCGCUAAAGAUACCGGUGUCAAAGUCGUGGCUUACCAGAGCGAUGUGCGAUCCCGUGCCUCAAUAGCUGCAACUGUUGACCAGAUCGUCGCUGACUUUGGACGAUUGGAUAUCAUGGUUGCCAACUCUGGCGUCUGUGCCGAUAUCCCCAGUCUGGAAUAUACUGAGGAGACGUGGAAAGACAACAACAGUGUCAAUCUCGACGGUGUCAUGUGGACUGCUCAAGCUGCUGGAAAGAUUUUCAAGCAGCAGGGGCGUGGAAACCUGAUCAUCACGACGUCAGUCAGCGCAACUCUCGUCAACAUCCCCCAGAGGCAGGCUGCGUAUAAUUCUUCCAAGGCGGCAGCUGUGCAUCUGGCAAAGAGCUUGGCUGUCGAAUGGGUGGAUUUCGCCCGAGUCAACUGCGUGUCUCCUGGAUUCAUCGAGACUGACAACUUUAACGUGUUGUAG